AUGACUGAAAGAACUUUUUUUGAUGAAUGGCCAGGCAGAGAGGUUGACUUUGCUCGUGAGGGGGAUUCAACAUGGACCCUGACGAAAGUGAUCAGCGAGAAGAACAGCCAGGUUGGUGGUAACGACUUUUACAAGCAUCAAGUUUUCGGUGGUGCGUAUGGCACUUUCUUAUGCCACGACUUGCUGGACAGCACUCGGCGCGGCGCGAUGAAAAUAUUCAUGCAAAUUCCCUUUGAAGGGACUGAGUACGCGCCGGCUGAAUUCAGAGCUAGCCAAGCCUCAGCCUCUUACGGGCUUGACUUUUUCAUUACUAGUCAAGUAGACGCACUGAGAACCCUGACAAUUAACGGCUGUCAGUCCGCCCCGAAUAUUGUGGCCAUGAAGAAUGACCUUCAGAAGGAAACAGACCCAGUGCCUAGUGGAUACAUUCUCUUCAUUCUUAUGAACUACCUACCUGGGGUGCAACUAAGCGACGCUAUCUUCUGGGAGUUGGAAGCCUCGGAGCGUGAGCAGAUACAUCAAGCCUUUAAACUUGCCUGGCUCGAUUGUAUGCGCUCGGGAAUUUUACCAGCGCUCCAAGAUAUAGAGCACGUCUUCUGGGACGGAGCAGCGAACAAGGCUUAUAUCACCAGCUUUAGAAUGAGUGAGCCUGCAGGGGCAGAUAUCGUGUGGCGGGAUACCGAAUGGAUUGCUUGGGACAUGGCGAUGCCUCAAGAUAAAUAUGCCUGGUAUAAGGACAAGAAUCCUCACCCAGACAUGAGCAAGUGGACACUCUGA